GCCGCUGCAACUUCCGGCUACUCCGACGUCGGCCAUUUUAUAGGACGCUCGGUAUACCCUUGAUGUAUCUUUUAUCGACUCGCUUGUACUAGCUUGGAAUUCGGAGGAUCACGAGAAACCAACCAACCAACCUGCCUUCCGACGAUGAUUAAGGCGGAAGAUAAUCAGGCACAGAACAAUGACGAUAGAGACAGAAGCAGAGAACGCGAUCGUAAUCGAAGAUCAGAUAGACCAAAUCGCAUAAAUUCGGCCAGUCGGGAUCGCAGCAGAGAGAGAAACGAUCGCGUCGGCAGGAAGGCUUCAGACCGACGAAUUUACGUUUCGAACAUUCCUUAUGAUUUUCGUUGGCAAGAUCUCAAAGAUCUAUUCAGGACUGAGGUUGGCAAGGUGGCACAUGUAGAGCUUUUCACAGAUGAAAAUGAUAAGCCUAGAGGAUGUGGGAUAGUGGAAUUUGAAGAUUCAGACUCUGUCAAGAUAGCUGUGGAAAAGAUGCACCGAUACGACAUCAAAGGGAGGAAGCUUGUCGUCAAAGAAGAUUUUGAUGUAGAGCGUGAUAAAUAUGGCCGUCUAGCAACAGGCCGUAACAAUGAUAGAAACCGAGAUGACAGAUUCAGGGAUCCUCCACGACCGCAAGGAGGUGGAAGACAAAAUAUGUCUGCACCUAGUGGCACAGGAGGUGGAGGUGGUGGCGGCGGUGGUGGCGGUGGUGGUGGCGGCGGUGGUGGCGGUGGAGGUGGCGGCGGUGGUGGAGGCGGCGGAGGUGACAAUAAAUUCGGCAACACUUAUGGUCUUAGUACGCAAUUUUUGGAAUCUUUGGGUAUCAAUGGCCCUUUAGUCACGAGAGUCUUUGUUGCAAACCUGGAUUAUAAGGUUGAUGAGAAGAAGUUGCUUGAAGUUUUUAAAUUGGCUGGAAAAGUAUUGCACGUUGAAUUGGGGAAAGACAAGGAUGGUAAAUCGAGAGGUUUUGGAGUCGUGGAGUAUGAUCAUCCUGUAGAGUCAGUACAGGCCAUUUCAAUGCUGCAUAAUCAACAAUUGUACGAUAGACGCAUGACCGUUAGACUCGACAGAGCUAAUGAACCUGACAUGCCGCCUAAAUUACCAGAAGGUUUGAAAGGAAUUGGCAUGGGACUCGGAGCUGGUGGUAACAGACUGUUGGAUGUCGCUAGAAAUAUUCCCAAUGUGCAAGCAAACAAUCCGCCAGUAGUAAACCCGAUCUCGGCACCGGUCUUAGCAGCGGGCGCUUUCGGCGCCGGUCUAAACAAUGUUGUACCCGCGCAAUUAGCAUCGGCAUUAUCAAACACGAAUGCAGCAGCUCUUCAAGCUAGUCUCGCUGGCGCUGGUUUGGGUGCCAAUCUCACUACUAGUUCACUACUGAAUUCUUCAUUGACAAAUGAGUUGGCAUCAAACUUGAAUAACUUUGGUGGAGGUGUCGGUGGUUUGAGCAGUCUGCAGGCUUCCUUGGCCGGACAAGGGAACAAUACGUUCACGCCGCGCGGAUUAUCCAAAUUGGACAACGAUAUAGGAUUUGGUGGUAACAAUUCCUUCGGCGGUUCCAAUUUCGGUGGCGGCGGUAGAGAUUUUGACGGAGGGUUCAACAGGGGAGACAACGAUCGAGUAUCCGGUGGCGGCGGUGGAUUUUCUGGAAAUCAAGGCCAAACCGGUGGCGGCAAUCGACAGAACUCCAACGGUUCAAGACAGAUGUCAGAUACUAUACUUAUAGGCAACCUACCUCCAAACACCACGUGGCAGAUGCUACGUGACAAGUUCCAGGACGCCGGAGAGGUAAAAUUUGCAGAAAUGAGAGGUGCUGAUAUGGGCUUGGUACGGUUCGCAUCUGAAUGGGAUGCUGAGCGUGCUGUGACUAUGAUGAAUCGAUCGCGCAUCGACGGCAGAACGAUUGACGUGCGUCUGUACUAAAAACUGAAGAGUAGCCUCGAGGGACUCAAGCGUGAGGAAGCUGGGUGUUUAUGUGUCGUCUGCAGGAUUCCACUCCUGAUGACAAUACUCGAAAUUCAUCCUAAUUGUCUGGCAGAGCUUAGGACAAUGAAUGACAAGUAUCUGUCUUUGGAAGAUCAGCAAGUCGUUAGCAAGUUUGUAUGAUGGCUACUCAACGUUGAAACGGUCGUAACGAUCACUCUCCGUGACGCCCUCUCUUUCUCUUUAUCCCCUUUAAACUUUCAAUUCUGUUUACCACCAGAUUAUCGUUCCUUUUUACAGUGGAAGUCUACUAAUUGUUCACUUCUUAAAUCAGUCUUUUUUUCUAGCGAUCGUAACUAUAGUUUAGUUGUUUAGCUUUAGGUUUCACACGAUGAUCUUACUGUAAGUCAGUAGGUUUCUUUUCAGUGUGUAGGUUAUUCACUAUUUACAGGUUUUUUACAGUAAUUAGCGAUUCAGUAGUCUGUAAGUUUUUAACUUCUUAGUUAUCAUGACGAGAGAUCGAUCGGUUCUCCAUCAUUCCGAUCUAACGUGACGCUCUGCUCAAUUCGCAGUUGAGUCCAUCGAGGGAUAGAGAUUAAUCUUUCGUUCAUGAAAACUUUUUAACGUUGUAAACUCGCUCGAAUUAGAUUUCCGGCCUGCGGCUUUAUCGAGGUAAAAUCUAUCUGCUCGUUUAAAAUCUUAUUUUAUGCUAUCGUGGAUUGUAUGUGUUGGAUUCUCGUCGCAUCGUCCGCACUUUCUUAUGCGUAAGAAAAAGCACGUGUGGUGUUUGACAGGGGAACAGCGUUUUGUCAUCACGAUUUCUACGCGAUCGUUUAUUAUUAUUAUUUUAUGUUUUUUUUUUGUCGUGUACUAACGUACGUCCUGUGUUGCAUCUUUGUAAAAAAAUAAUUUAACGAUCUUAAAUGAAGCAUAUGAAAAAUUGCUGUAGUCUGUCACUUUUAGGAAGAUCCCCUCUCAGUUCACUUCAAAUUCGCUUCGAAACCUCGGCGAACGUACAUCGGAUGAUCUAGAUUCGGCUAAAUUCUGCGUUUUAUGCACCGUAAUAUGUUUACCAAAAAGUAAAUCGCUUCUCGCGGCAUCGAAUAAUGUCUCUGUUUAAUUUUUUUCAUUCUUCACAAAAACGCGAACUUGAUUGCUUCAGGUACAAUGGACAAAUUGCAUUUUGUGUUUUCGAGAUAUUAUUUUUUGGUAAACAUAACUCUCCUCUCGCUAUGUAGAUCUCGAGGAACAUUCUGUGCAUUGUAUAACACUCUUGUAUAACCACCAAUCUCAUAACAGUGAUUGAAUAAAAUCCAAAUCCGUUUUGACUAUAAAAAAACCAUGUUGGUCGUUGUGUUUUAUUUCUGUGCUGUUGUGUGAAAAUUUUAUUGUCUUUUUUUUUAUUUUUUUUAAGCAGCCACUCUUAUGUCGGUUCGGAUGAAUCUUGUCAAGUGAGUUUAGCAUGUGAUAUAACGCGUUUAAAAAAUGGUACGAUUAACUUCCUGAUAUGCUAAUUCUCCUGUUAUGGUUAAUGUUAUCAAAAACAAGUUGCAUUUAAGCAGAUGUAUCAAUCCAUUCGGUUUAUUGAUAAAAAAAAAGAAAUCUUAAAAAGAAUACAGAUCACUUCUCCGAUUAUCUUCCAUACAAUUGGGACGUCAGAGUAAUCUGCGCAAUGGGGAGGAAGGUGCUUGUUCGUGCUCGCAGGUGAGAUACUUUUUCAGAUGAUUUUCUUCCCUGAUUUUCUCCGAGGAUGGAUUCCCGAGAAGAGAGACGAUUGACGAUAUCUGGCCCCGAUUGGCAUAACUACUUGUUCUGUCUCAUUAAUAACGAGAAUUUAAAAACAACAUUCACACGAGUUUAUCUAUGCGUGUGUGGUGUUAUCAUACGAAGUGUAUUCUUCAUCUCCGAUAAUUUUUAGCGAUCUUUAUUGUCGAUGAGAUUCGGGACGUAUCGAUGGAUUUUUUAAAGAAAGGUGACCGACAAAGAGGAAUGGUUAACACGGGGUGAUUUUCAUCGUCUUUAAUAUGGUGUGGUCGAUCCUGUGUGUAGAACUGUUAAUCAAGGACGGCGAAAUCUUCUAUGCGCGCCAAUGAUAUUUUAUAUCCAUUCCGAAGUACUCGCUUUGUGAUUAAUCUCCUUCGAUCUGUAUCGUAUGCGAGAUUUUGUAUUUUUUUUUUUUUUCUAGAACUUUAUUAAUGUAUACUUUUAUGGUAAGUGUUCGUCGAGACCUAUACGAUCGACGAUAAAAAAUGCGCACACGUAGCGCAUUCUUAGCGAGCGAUCCUCCUUUCGUUCGAAUAAAUCGCCUGAAUAAAUUCUCACAUGUUCGGAAGAAGAUGCGGUAUUAUCCUUUUUUUUUUUGUUAUUGACAUAACGUUAGGACUCUGAUACAAGAUUUGUCGUCAUUGUUAUUUAUAUUAUUCCUCGAGAAUCGGUGUCUUUCCGCACUUAACAGUUCCAUCGAUUUUAGGCCAAGAAACUUUUACUCUCUUUUGUAAUAUAUUUAUGCGAUUUACACAACGACGUUUAAUAUCUCUUGUUAUGUAAAAACGAGAAGCAUUUUCCCUUCUAGUGAGAUAUAUAAAAUGAGAUAAUACAUUAUAUAGAGAUUAUCGUAUAAGGAAUAUUUUUAUUACACUGGGCCAUAGAUACAAUGUGGAUAUUAUUGAUUAUUUUCAGGUCACGAUCGAGAAAACGUCUAUCCCAAUAAAUGUGACGAUGCCAGGUAAGUUUUGACAACUGAUAAACAGUCAUUUUACGCAAAUAUUUUUCUUCCAGGGAAGCUAUCACGUACGAUGUGUUGAGUCUUGUGAAAUGGCGAGUCGCGCGUGAAAUAAAAAAAAGGACGAAUCGUCAAUUCGUGCUUUUAAUUAUA